GACACAAGCAACAAGCUGCACUCUCUCUCUCUCUCUCUCUCUCUCUCUCUCUCUCUCUCUCUCUCUCUCUCUCUCUCUCUCACACACACACACACACAUACACACGUUGUCGGGAAUAAAAAAAAGAAGAAAGAGGAUUUUCUUCGUCUUGGGAAAAGAUGGGGAGCAUGUAUAAGGAUGAACAGGAUGACUGGGUGACAGUCUGUCUCAAGUACCUUCUCUUCGUCUUCAACUUCCUGUUCUGGAUGGGGGGAGGGGCUGUGAUGGGGGUGGGAAUCUGGACCCUGAUUGAUAAAGGAGAUUAUUUGAGCCUACUGGCCUCUAGCACAUUCGCCGUGUCAGCCUACAUCCUCUUGCUGGCCGGCGGCUUGGUCAUGGUCACAGGAUUCCUGGGCUGCUGUGCUGUCAUCCGAGAGCAGAGGAGCCUCCUGUCUGCGUAUUUCUCCUGCUUGCUAGUGAUCUUCCUGGUUGAGCUUGUUGCUGGAGUUCUAGCAUAUGUGUAUUAUCAAAAGUUGAGCGAGGAGCUGAAGCAGCAUCUGAGUACGACAAUGACGAAGAACUACGCUCAGCCAGGGAAGGAGGGCAUCACUCAGGCAGUGGACAGCCUGCAGCAGGACUUUAAGUGCUGUGGAAGCAACAACUCGUUUGACUGGCAGAACAGCGUGUACAUCCAGUCCCCAGAAUCUGAAAGCAGAGUGGUUCCUGACAGCUGCUGCAAAACUGUGACACCUGCCUGUGGCCGGCGAGACCACCCUUCUAACAUCUACAAAGUGGAGGGUGGCUGUAUUACUAAGCUGGAGCAGUUCCUGGCUGACCACCUGCUCAUCAUCGGUGCUGUCGGGAUCGGCGUGGCCUGUCUACAGUUAGCAGGAGCACUGUUGACUGCCUGCUUUAUUUAUCUGCUUUAUAAAGAAGAGGAAGAAGACUUCUCUGAUGUUUGAAUGAUCAGCCCCGCUAUCUGGCUCCUCAACAGCCAUGUGGGCGGAAGAUCUGUGGGAUGGUGUUUACUUGUUGCUUGCACAGACGGAUAAAGCUCGACCCGUACUGAUCGAUCAGCAGAAGCUCUACGUGUUGCCUCGAGUCCUUGACGCCAGUUCACAUGCUUGAUUUGACAUUCCUCCCUUUUCUUUUUCCUAAAAUGCAUGAAUGUACUCUCCCUCCAGUAUAAAGUUACACGAAUAUGUCUUACUCCUUCUUUUAACCUUACAGUAAUUAUUUAUUUCCAGGAGUCUUGUCUCUGUAAUGUAGUAGUCUCAGCAAGAAUGUAAUCCGGUUAUCCUAAUGCUUGUGUUCUUAUUACACCCAAAGGUUUUUAUAUAAUCUACAAAAGAAAAAAAAAUCUAUUUUUUUCUAUGAGCACUCUAUAUGUAACCAGUUAAAGCUGCUAUCUUUAUGCAACUAGAAGCUAUUUUUUCUUAAUCAUAAUACAGUAUAAUGUAUAUAAAUCAUAUAAAUGACUGUGAUGCAGUCAAAUGUAUUUUAGCAUUUUCACGUGAGCUAUGAAUGUGUAGUAAAUGUUUUGCUAACAAAAUGUACACUGAGAGCCUGAGAACUACUGAGAUGCUAAAAAUAACAGGGAUUUUUGGAGUAUAGCAUACUCUAUAAGCACCCUAUGGUGUAUUGCAUAAGAAUUCACCUCACUGAAAUUUUACAGUUAUCAUGUAUAUUAGGUUUAACAUUUAAACUUAGUUGGGAUUAAUGUAUGAAAGGGUUCAUUUAAGGGUCUGGGCUUUGACUUGUUCUGGUUGUUGAACUACCCAUGUAAAGCGAUGGCUGUAAUGUUUAAGGUUGUUGUACAGCUAGAAGGCAAUUUGCCCUGACCAGUUUUCCAAUCCCUACAAAUGAAGCUUCAUGCUGCCACCACCAUGCUUCACAGUGGCAAUAGUAUUUAUAGUAUAUAAGUAUAUAUAAUGAGUAAAAAAAACAGAAUAAAAAAGUUCAGAAAUGAAGUUUUGUGUAAUAAAAUUUAAUGACAGGCAAAAAGUAUUGAACACGCUUAUUGAAAUUUAUUUAAUACUUCGGACAAAAGCCUUUGUUGGUAAUAGCGGCUUCAAGACGCCUCCUGUAUGGAGAAACUAGUUGCUUGCAUUGCUUAGGUGUUAUUUUGAUUUUCUAAGUUUUCUUUGUCAGUAUAUAUGUUUUAUUAUCUCCAAUUCAGACAUUAGGCUCUCAAACUGCUCUGAUACCUGAUGCAUUAACCUGAAAGUGUGAACUUUCUUUAUCUUUUUAAAGAGGCCUUUAACACACAACUGCCUUUAAUAAUAGAGCAUUAAGGGCUAUAAAUAUUUUGAGAUUUGGACAUGUUAGAUACACGCAACCUUCAUGCAGUCUCCAUGAGUUAUUUAAGCAAGUACUAUAAAAAUUCAAAAACAUUUUCUGCCACCGCUUGAUAUGGUUGUCAUAGCAACCUGCAUCUAAUUGGGGGAAAGAAUCUUUGCAUUUUAUUGUCAGCAGUUGAUGUUUAACUUUUAAUUUGUCUUGUGCAUGAAUUUAGUACUUGGGAGAAUGGUGCAAAAAUAACCGACUAUGCUUUAUUUAGUUGGUUUAUCAUUUAUUCAGCUACAUUAUAUUGUACACCUAUGAUUAUAUCUGUCCAGUAUGUCAUAUAUUUGUUGCCUAGAUGCCUUUAGAAAAAUAUGUGCCUCUUUCAAAGGACAGCAGAUGUACUACUUUAUACUGAUGUAGCAAUGGCAUGUUCUAUGUACUAGGUGUGUAUACUGAUCCUUGUUACUGAAAAUAAAAUAUCUUUUGGAGAUAAAUUUGCUGAA